AUGGCAUCCGAACGUUUACGUAAAUUGGUAGUGGACAUUGCCAAAGAGAACGAUUACGGAAAUCCUGAAAUAGCUAUCAAUCCAAUAAACACUGGUGGUGCAAAUUAUACUUCAGCACUAUUCACGAUUAUUGUAUCUGAAUCUGACAAAGAAGACCUAAAUCUGUUCGCUAAAGUUAUCAACGUUAAUGAAGCUAUUCGCUCACAAUUACCAGAAGGUAUCUUCGACAUAGAAAGAUUAGCCUAUGAGGACCUUUUAAAGAAAUAUGAAGAUAUAGAAAUUGCACAAAAUUUGCCAAGUAGCAAAAGGUUUGUCAUACCCAAAUAUUACGGAUGCAAUCCGAAAUUAUUCGAAGAAAUCAUAGUCCUUGAAAAUCUAACUGAAAAAGGUUUCACCACAUACGACAGAUUUAAGUCUAUAGAUUGGGAGUACGCUGCCAAAGCUGUAGAGACACUAGCAAAGUAUCACGCUUUAUCUAUGGCGUAUAAAGAAAAGCACCCAGAAGAAUUUAAACAAUUUACUGACAAUCUGAAAUUUCAAAGGGAAAUGUUCACAGGAGUUCUCCGUCAACUGUUUGUACAGCGCACAGCGACUGCAUUAGCUGUAACAUCAGAGAAACAUAAAAGUAAACUGGAGAGAUAUUUGAAAACUGAAAUGACCCUAGACGCUGUAAUCAAACUUAGUGAAUCUCCUCAACGACCUGUUCUCUGCCACGGGGACUACAGACCGAGUAAUUUAAUGCACAGAUAUAAUGAGGAUGGGAGUCUUGAAGUGAUACCUGUAGAUUUCCAAACGUUACAAUAUGGAUGUCCCAUAUCCGACUUGCUAUAUUUCAUCUUCACGGGAUCUGAUGAGAAGUUUCGGAGGCAGUACUUCCAAGACCUUACUGACCACUAUUACCAAGAGCUGAACAGUGCCCUGCGCGCUCUGGAGCUUAAUCCUGAUGUUAUAUAUCCUAAAAGGGCCUUUGAACUGGAUUUAAAAGAGUUCUUACCAUUCGGCCUCAUCAUUGCCAUAUUCAGCCUGCCUAUCGUCACCGUCGAGGUAGAAGAUGCUCCGUCCAUGCAAGCUGAUAGUAGUUUGGAAAAAGUGGCUAAAGCUAAAACCGGGUCAUCAUAUCCAGAGAGGAUGAACGGCGUCAUCAACGACUUCUUCAGAUGGGGCAUCAUUGAAUAA